CAUUAAUUACUUAUUGCUAGUCCCGGUGCUGCUUUUCAGUCCUCAAAUGUUUGUUUGGAUGCCAAAGUGUCGAAAUUUAGUGUCAAGUUUUUCAGGUUUGGAUCCUGACGUCUUAGUCUCGACAUUUUCUACGUUUGUCCUCAGAUAUGCAGUCGAUAAGAAAUCUGUUCCGGGCUGCCUGGUCCUCUGACGCAAGGCUUGACGGGAAAACCGUGGUCAUCACCGGCGCCAACACCGGGAUCGGCAAGGAAACCGCCAUCGACCUGGCCAAAAGAGGCGCCAGAGUCAUCAUCGCCUGCAGAGACAUGGAGAAGGCCGAGGUGGCGGUGAAGGAAAUCAAGGAGAAGUCCGACAGCAGUGAGGUGGUGAGCAUGAAGCUGGACCUGUCCAACAGUCAGUCCAUCAGGGAGUUUGCAGAAGUCAUCAACCGAGACGAACCAAAACUCAACAUCCUCAUCAACAACGCCGGCGUGAUGGUCUGUCCGUACGGGAAAACGGCCGACGGCUUCGAGAUGCAGAUCGGGGUCAAUCAUCUGGGUCACUUCCUGUUGACCUUCCUACUGCUGGACCUGAUCAAACGCUCCGCCCCGGCCCGCAUCGUCACCGUGUCGUCCAUGGCUCACUCCUGGGGCUCCAUCAACCUGGAGGACCUGAACAGCGAGAAGAGCUACAGCAAGACCAAAGCCUAUGCCCAGAGCAAGCUGGCCAACGUCCUGUUCACGCGCUCGCUGGCCAAGCGGCUGGAAGGUUCCGGCGUGACGGCGUACUCGCUCCACCCCGGCGUGGUCCAGACCGACUUGUGGCGCCAUCUGAGCGCUCCCGAGCAGUUCUUCAUGAAAGUAGCCCGACCGUUCACCAAGAACUCCCUGCAGGGCGCCCAGACCACCAUCUACUGCGCCGUGGAGCCGUCUCUGGACCGAGAGAGCGGCGGAUACUACAGCGACUGCGCUCCCGCAAGCUGCUCGUCCGCCGGCAAAGACGACAACCUGGCAGAGAAACUGUGGGAUCUGAGCUGCCGGAUGCUCGGCGUGACGUGGGAGUGACGGAAACCUUCAGAACGCUCCUGAAGCUGCAGAAACACGUUUUAACAUUCUUCUCAUGUGUCCAAUAAAGUCAUGAUAGGAUCAAAUAUUUUAAA